CCCAGAACAUCUCAAACGGGCGCGAGAAACUUAACAACACCGCGUUGGCCACAGGUCUUCAGCUUUUUGCCUUGUUCUUGUACGUAACAGCGUGAAGUGACGUAAGGUAUGGCUUUCCACGAUGACGCAGAGAGCUCCCUCACUCCUGUAGAUUUCAUUCAGCUGCAAAAUUACAUGGAUGAUAGUAAUAAACGAGUUAAAGAUGUGUUAAAAGACUUUCAUCCUGGAGGAAAACUGGCACAGCACACAUUUGGAGAGUGUUUGGAUGAGGGUGGAUUUUCUCUCUUCUUGAAAACAUAUCUGGAUGUCCGCGAUGUUCCGGCUGAUUUCUGCAAGCGACUGUUUCGAUAUUUCAAACACGUGGAUCACAACGGAGUAGGGGCCUGUCAGAAAGGAGGUGGAGUCUUCCUUCGGGAUGUGUCCUGUUACUUUUCUGUUCUUGAGGACGGGCAGCCGCGAGACAAACUUGAGUUUACAUUCAAACUCUAUGACAAAGACAUGAAUGGCCUCCUCGACAGUUCAGAGGUGGACCGGAUCAUCACACAAAUGAUGAGAGCAGCGAAUUAUCUCGGCUGGGAUGUCACUGAGAUCAAACCUAUGCUGAAGGACAUGAUGAAGGCCAUAGACGUGGAUGACAGUGGGACAGUGACUCUGGAGGAGUGGGUCAAAGGAGGAAUGAACAAUGUCCCUCUGCUCGUACUGCUGGGGCUCAAGAUGACGGAGAAGGACGGGCAGCACAUCUGGAGGAUGAAGCACUUUAACAAACCCACGUACUGUGGAGUGUGUGAGAGCAUGCUGCUGGGGCUCGGCAAACAGGGCCUCUGCUGCACAUGCUGCAAAUACACAGUUCACAACCAGUGUGCCAACAAGAACCCCGAGCCCUGCGCACGCACCUUCGUCAAGUCCAAAAAGGAGAUUGGUGUUCCAGCUCAUGACUGGAUCAGGGCCGACUGCAAAUCAAACAAGUGUGAAGUUUGCCACAAAAAAAUCAAAACUUUAGGAGGACGGACCUGCGUUUGGUGCCAUGAGAUUCGUCAUGAUGAAUGUGUUGUGAUUGGCAUUAAGCUGUGUGACUGUGGACCAUUGAAAGACCACAUCCUCCCUCCCUGGGCUAUUUGUGCUGUUUCCAAGGAUGAAGAUACAAGCCUAUUAAAUGUAACUCCAGAUGGCCACAACCUUCAGAUUGUUCCAAUAAAAGAUACUCAUCCUCUGCUGGUGUUUGUCAACCCAAAGAGUGGAGGGAAGCAGGGGGAAAAUGUGCUGAGGAGGUUUCAGUAUCUGUUAAACCCUCGACAAGUUUACAAUUUAUCCAAUGGAGGACCAGCACCAGGUUUACAAUUUUUCCACAACCUCCGAGACUACAGGAUCCUAGUUUGUGGUGGGGAUGGUACAGUCGGAUGGCUUCUCGAUGCUAUAGACAAAGCCAAUCUCCUGGUUCAUCCUCCUGUCGCGGUUUUGCCUUUGGGCACUGGGAACGACCUGGCUCGGUGUCUGCGCUGGGGAGGAGGUUACGAGGGUGGAGACCUGACGGAGAUCCUGAAGGAGAUCGAGGGCAGUGAGGUGAUCGCGAUGGACCGCUGGAGCAUCAGAGUGGUGCCCGACGACCCCGAGGAGGUGGGCGACCCUGUGCCCUACGAAAUCAUCAACAACUAUUUCAGCAUCGGAGUGGACGCCUCCAUCGCUCACCGCUUCCACUCAAUGAGAGAGAAGUAUCCACAGAGAUUCAACAGCAGAAUGAAAAACAAACUUUGGUAUUUUGAGUUUGCUACAUCUGAGACCAUCUCUGCGUCCUGCAAGAAGCUGAAGGAGUGUCUCAGUAUAGAGUGUUGUGGCAAACAGCUUGAUCUGAGCCCGACCACCCUUGAAGGGAUCGCCAUCCUCAACAUUCCCAGCAUGCACGGCGGGUCCAACCUCUGGGGAGAAUCCAAGAAACCGGAGGGAGCACCGAACCAGGGGCCAACCGCCGAAGUCAUCAUAGAUCCAGACCUCCUCAAAACUGUCUCUCAAGACAUGAGCGACAGGCGCCUGGAGGUGGUGGGUCUGGGAGGGGCCAUGGAGAUGGGGCAGAUCUACACUGGACUGAAGUCUGCAGGACAAAGGCUGGCUCAGACCUCUCAGAUCACCAUCAGGACGAUCAAAGCAUUGCCAAUGCAGAUUGAUGGAGAGCCCUGGAUGCAGCCUCCAUGCACCAUCUACAUAACUCACAAGAACCAGGCAAACAUGCUGAUGGCUGCACCGACCAAAGCCUCUGGCUUCUUCCACCUCAAGUAAAAGAAACUAUCACUCCUCUUUGGCUCCAUUAAAUAUUUAAAUGUUUACUAAAGCUAACCUGACAAGUGAUCUGUGUUAUGAUAAUUGAUGUUAUAAUUAAGACCAAAAACUGUGACUGGUACCUGAUUUUCAAAGCAAGAAAGUAGUAGAUAGUUUUAACUGAUACUUGUAACUUAAACUUAUCCCCAGCUCUCACAAACCCUUUCGCUAGCUUCAUCUGCAGAUAUUUGCAAUAUGUUUCAGUCCCCUGUGAUAUUUUAUUCCUUUUUUCCUCAUUAGCAGUCAUAUUUGUUUUGAUACAGAUGGUCCCUGAUUGGCUAAUCCACCUGUCAAUCACACCCAUCUGAACCAGACCAUUUUAGUACUGGAGAAGUGUCUAUUUACUCUUCAACAUUUACCAAUCGAGGACCCCAGUUUUAAGACUAAAACUGUGACUUGCACUACGAAUAUUUCAUCUGCGGCUUACCUUUGACAGAAAAGUGACCAUUCAGGUGCAUAAAGUGUAACAUCUAAAUUAACUUCUAUAAGUGAAUGUCUUAAAGCAGAUCUUUUCUGCAAAAUCUAAUUUUCAGAGCUUUUAAUCAUGUUAUAGUUGUGUCCGUGUUUCAGUUACUCUCUCAAAGUUGUAUUUGGAGUGAUUCGUGUAUGUUUGAAUAAUCUUUUAAUCGCUUAUUUUCAAAACACCAUAUUGCCAUACUUUUAAUCCCCAUUUUCGCUGCCACCGCUCUGUACUUACUUUGUUUGACUCCUUGCUCCCUCUGCUGGCAAGUUCUUUCCAUAUACAUUAUUUUAAAGGUGCACUAUGUAACAUUUUUGGUGGUGGUCUGGCAUCUAUUUUCAUGGGAGACAAGCAGGUGAUAAAACUUGGCCAUAACACAUGACAGCCAGGUCAGCUCUGUGGAGAGGCGAGCCUACUCACAGUAAGAAUGCAUGUUUUAUAAAGUAUUCGCACAAUAAAAACACAUGCAGUUUAAUCAGUGCAAGACAGAUAAGUGCAACAUUCCAGUCAGUGCAAUAACAUAUCCAUGGAGACAAGAUGGUGCCAUACUUGCCCUCCACUAGAAAAGUUACGUCAUGCAUCUUUAACUUAUAUGAUGUGGAACACCAGGCAAACAUGUCCAAAAGUAUUAUAUUUGUAUUAAUAAUAUCAGUUCUAGUAUACUGCCUUUAGGGCCUCUAUCUUGUGCAAUUCUGUGUAUAAAUCCCAUCUUCACAAAGGAAAACUGCUAUCUCUCAUUGUAGUUUUAAUUAAUGUAUUUUUCCUCUAAAUAUUUUUUUAAGUGUUACAAAUGUAUGGGUCUUCUGAUGGUGCCAGUCUGCAAAAUGCACUUUGUAUAAGCUAGUACAAUUAUAGACUCAAAAAUAACUGUGGAAAGUGAAGGAGUUGUUGCUCAGUUGUGUUUAUUGGUUCACUGUUCUGCUGUAUGUCUGUGAUGUGGUCUGAUUGUCCAAUAAAAUCAAGUGUGUCAUGUUU